CUGAUCAAAGCGUAUUUCACAAACUGUAGUUUCUGUGCCUUUGCUUGUGGCGUUUUACCCUGCGAAGCAUGGGGAGCACGGUGGAGAUGCUGCUGUUGGCCUGGAGUAUUCUGGACUCCGGGGUGGGUUCAGCCUUGCUGCCAGAAAUCACUGAUGGGAGUUUCAUUGAUGAAUGUGUGCGGGAACACAACAGGGCGCGGUCUUCAGUCAGUCCAGCAGCCAGUAACAUGCUGUACAUGACGUGGGAUGACGCCUUGGCCAUUACUGCGCGAGCUUGGGCCAGACGCUGUCUGUUUGAGCACAACAUCUACCUCAAAGACGUCCGCCGCGUGCACCCCACCUUCCCCUCCGUGGGAGAAAACAUAUGGACGGGCUACCCCCCUUCAUCUUUUGAUGCGACGCGUGCCAUAAAAAAAUGGGUGGAUGAAAAACAGCACUACGACUACGGCGACAAUAACUGCACGAGGGUCUGCGGCCACUACACACAGGUUGUGUGGGCACGCAGCUACAAGGUUGGUUGUGCCGCCCAGCUGUGCCUGAAUGGCGUCAAAAACUCUGGCUUUGGCUCUAAAGACAGCGUGAUUUUUGUAUGCAACUAUGCUCCAGCGGGUAACGUGAAUGGAUGGAAACCCUAUGAAUCUCAAGGGGCAGCCUGCUCUGGAUGUACAGGCACCUGUGUGGAGGGACUCUGCCGUGGCCCAGAACAAACUCCACAGAAAGGCUACAACUGGACCCCCGACUGGGACCUUCCCCAGGCUACCAUUCACUCAAACUACGCGGAUUAUCACUCCAACUAUGUGAUUAUUCUGGUUGUGCGACCCAUUGCCCUCAUCUUCACCUUCAUCGCAGCGUACGCAGUCCACCACUUUUACCCUAAUAUCUUCUGCUAUGAAUAGACCACCUGUUGCUACCUGAAAAACAUGGACUUCCUCAGCCACUGCUACGAUUGGAGAUUUGAGUUUAAUUAAAAUGUUUAUUUUCUGUUCAUA